UUCAUUGCUUGGAUGGCUCUGCCACCUCCGGAUCCACAGUUUGUUCUCAGAGGUACCAGUGCGGCAGUCCACACUCUGCAUUUUUCCUGUGGAGGCCAAGAACCUGAUGUCCCCAUUCUUUUCUCUGGGUCUGAGAAUGGGUUUAUCCAUGUCUGGAACCUGAAAACACACAGAGUGGACACAGCACUGGAUGGCCAUGGAAGAAAAUCUGUCUACUGCGUGGAAACGAUGGGUGGUAAAAACAGGCUCCUCAGUCAGGGUCGUGACCAGAGGAUCUGCUUCUGGGAUUUAGCAGAGGGACGGACUUCAGUGACGGAUUCUGUCUUCACGGAGAAUGUGGGAUUCUGCAGAUGCUCUCUGUUAAAGGUGGCACAGGGACGCUGGCUAAUGGCCACGGCAGCCAAAGCCCUGGAGGAGGUUCAGGUUUUGGAGCUGCCAUCCAAGACGUCAGUCUGUACCCUGAAGCCAGAGGUGGGUGCCAAGCUGGGCAUGCCCAUGUGUCUGAAGUUAUGGCAGACAAAAGUAGGAGAGGCCACAGUUCAAAAGUGUCCGUUAUUAGGAACUGAAAUAAAUAGGCCAUUGAUCAGACGGUGUUUGGAAAGACUCAGUUCACAACCUUUGCUUCUGGCUGGCUAUGAAGAUGGAUCAGUGGUCCUUUGGAAUUUGUCAAUGGGAAAAGCAUCGAGCCAACUUGUUUGCCACCAGGAGCCAGUGAUGAGCCUUGACUUUGACUCGGAGAAGGCCAAGGGGAUCUCAGGCUCAUCUGAAAAGGUGCUUAGCAUCUGGAGCCUCAAUGAGCAACAGAACCUCCAGGUUUACAAAACACACAAACUUGUCAACGCUGGCAUAUCCGAUAUCACCAUCCGUCCAGACAAGAAGAUUUUAGCAACAGCAGGGUGGGAUCAUCGCAUCAGGAUCUUUGGCUGGAAAAAACUGAAGCCCUUAGCAGUGCUGGACUACCACACAGCAACUGUCCAUUGUGUGUCCUUCUCAGAUCACAAAAACCCCGGUGAGAGACUGCUGGCAGCUGGCUCAAAAGAUCACCGCAUCAGUAUCUGGUCAAUAUACACUCAGACGUGACGUGUUCUGCACUGUCAUGGACUAGCAAAACAGGAUUGGUGAAGCAAUUCUUUGCACUGUAAUUCAAACCUGGAUGUGGGGAAGUAGUAGAAUGUAUUUCCAGGCUGAAGUGAGAGUCCUAGAUUAAUUCUUAUGCUGCUUGUUCAAGCUGCAGGUUUUGUUUUCCAGAGAGGGAAGUGGAUUUUUAAAAUUCCUAACAAGCAGAGCAAGGCCAGUCACAAACGAAGACACAGAACAAGUCACUUCGAGUUCUGCUACAGGUUUUGCAACAGCUUUUCUUUGGCAGGUUGCUUAAAUAACUUGUGCCAAUAUCUUCUUUUGUGAAAAAGGACUGGAAUCCCUCAGACUGCGGUGGGGGCAGAAUACGUCUGUUUGUAAGUCAUUUAUGUAUCCAAGAAUCUGAAUCAGUGUAAAAUACCACUCUUGAAAAUUUAUACCCAUUAAACCACCUCCAGUGGUUUCUCAUUGUCAGUUACUUUUUCUUCCCCAUAACUGAAAGGCUAUCAGAACAACCUUGAUUUGUUCACACUUCUGUCAGUUUCUAACUUAAACCAACAGCCAGGAAUGUGACUAGGGACGGCCUUUGGCAUUUAUGAAUUUCAUUAUGUCUCCUGUCACCU